AUGGCCUCUUACCUGCAGAGUCCCAUUUUAAACCUUCACGUGGCUAACGUCAAACCUGGCGUAACCCAGCGCGAUUUCGGACACGUGUGGCUGGGUCUCAUCCACUACUACUUCAAACUCGAUGACAACUUAGCUGGCGAAGAGCACGUCUACGAAACCCCUGAGGAACACUCCAACGUCCUAGCCGUCAACUCUAAGGACGGAAAGUGGCGCACUCAUCUCUCUGUGCUGGCUAAGAACUUCCCCGACGCCUCCCAGCCUGCCAAUGGGGCGCUGGCCAUGUCCGGGGCCGUUGCCAUCGGAGACAUGGUGCGGUUCUAUGAGCUCAGCCUCGAUGAGGGGGAGUUGCUGCCUGUCCAUGGUGACCGCGUCUUCCACCUGCGCAACGACAGCGAGGGCAUUCAUGAGGUCUUUGUCCGGUUUUGUUUGUGGCGCCCGAGGGAAACGAUGUUUGAUCAUCUACCGUUCAGAGCCUGGUGA